AUGCUUAGCAUGGCAACGGCAUCACUGGCUGCCUACGUUUCCUAUCAGUGUUAUUCGAAACUUUUCAAUGUACGCUACUAUGAACCAAGUCCAUUUCUACACAACCAGUCCAUUGUCAUUGAUCCUGAGGAGGAUAUUCGAACAACCGUGCUACAGGGCGAAACCGAUUGGGAUCCAACUAUCGUGACAAUGUAUGAUAUUUUCAGAAAUGGUUUGAAAGUUGCCCGAACUCUGCCGUGUCUGGGCAAACGAAGAAACUUUGACGAACCCAUCCGGUGGUACACGUACGAAGAAGUUGAUGAUCAUGUGAGAUGCUUUGGAUCUGCUCUGACUUAUCUCUGUGGUGAAUCAAACUCAGAAUCACCCAUCAUGAUCGGUAUCUACGGUCCCAACUCACCAGAGUGGAUCGAAACGCUCAUGGCUUGCUCAGCUUACGGUUUUGUUGCCGUUCCCUUGUACGAUACCCUCGGUCACGAAGCCGUGGCACACGUUUGUACUCAAACGAAACCCAAGUUUAUCGUGUGUCAAACGGCUCAGUUGGCUCGCUCAAUCCUACAAAUGACCGAUUCAGACUGCAAACAUUGUUUGGUCUUGACGAAAGACGAUCAGUUGGAGGAGUUGCGUGCAGAGCAAAAGGGCAAAACGUGCCAAAUUCUUGAUUUGGAUGAAUUCAUGAAAGCAAAUCCGGAUGAUUUAUGCCUGAUCGGUUAUACUAGCGGCAGUUCAGGUGUCCCCAAAGGUGUUCUAUUCACUCAUCGGAACUGUCUACAACCGAUCCUCGGCGGACGACACAUCUGGCGUCAAGCAUGCACUUUCCUCUCCUCCGGUGGCCGCGUUGGAUUUAUCACAAAAGAUGCAAGUGGACUGGUUCAAGACAUGCAAGACUACCGACCACACUAUUUCAGUACAGUGCCACGCAUUCUGAUGCGUAUACACGCACAGGUCAUGCAACGCUUGGGACGAUCGAAACUGUUACACUUGCUCUAUCACCAGGCGGUGGCACAGAAGUUGGCCGAGCAAGCUCAAGGGGUAUAUCGACAUUCCGGUUUGCUAGACCGUUUGUUUUUCAAACCAGUUCGAGAUAAAGUGGGUGGGAACAUAAGGACAAUAGUUUCCGCCAGCGCGCCACUUUCAAACGAAGUUAUGAAUUUCACGCGUGCCGCUUUCUCCUGUCCUGUCAUCGAGGUUUAUGGUCUUACCGAGAUGGGUGGUAUUCUGAGUGCAACUCUGCUCGGCGAGAUGGAGCCUGGGCGCACGGGAACUCCACAUCUCGGUUUGCAAGUCAAAUUGAUCGAUGUCCCCGAAAUGGAUUUGUACGUAAAACGAGACGGUUUGGGUGAGAUUUGCGUCAAAGGUGAAGCGUGCACUAAGGGCUACUACAAGGAUGAAGCCAAUACGCGUGAACUGUACGAACCUGGUGGAUUCCUACGCACCGGAGAUAUCGGUACAUGGACCAAGGAAGGUUCACUGAAACUGAUUGAUCGCCGGAAAAGUUUCUUUAAGUUGGCCCAGGGCGAAUAUGUCGCACCAAACAAAGUGGAAGAUCUGUACGCAUCCUCGGUACUGGUGAAUAAUGUGUUCGUUGACGGCGAUUCUCUCGAGACGUUUGUUGUUGCUGUUGUGGAGCCCAAUUUCGUUGAGUUGCGCAAGUUUCUAGCCGUUCACGCCAGUGGCAGCGAUCGGAUUGCGACCGGUUUACGUUCUUUAGAUUUGGAAAAUCUAUCGGACGAGGACUUGUGCCGGGAGGAACGUGUACGUCAUAUGCUCUUGACUGAGCUUAAUGCGAUUGGAAAAGAAGGCGGAUUGAAAGGAUUUGAGCAAGCGAAAGCGAUUCAUCUGACUACCACUGCAUUUACUGUUGCGAAUGGAUUGCUCACGCCCACCAUGAAAAUCUCCCGAUCCAAUGCGCGUCGGCGAUUCGCCUCUGUAACCCGACAGCUCUAUCUCAACGGGUGCUACACUCGAGAGUAG